CCUUCAAGCUCUUCCCUUUCCUGCACCUUUUUUUUUUGUUUUUUUAAGAGUUUUUGGCACUAGGAGAGAAGAAACAAUCAAUGGCACCAGAGGAGAAUAGCACGUGCGAGCCUUGCAAAACGUUCGGGCAAAAGUGCAGUCAUGUCGUGAAGAAACAAAGAACCAAGUUUUAUAUUCUACGCCGUUGUAUCGCUAUGUUAGUCUGCUGGCGUGACAACAACCACGACCGCAACGACUCUUGAUUGCUUCUUUUUGGAUAAAUUAUUUUCCUUUUCUACUUAAUUAUU